CUUGCCGUUCAGCACAGCACUUGUAAACCACAACAAUCGAACUUGCUGGUACAACACAAGACGUACUUGUGAAAAUGCCGCCAGGAAUACGAGAUAAUGCCAACUUUGUCAACGACUACCUCGCUGACUUCAACGAUGACGAUGACCCGUUCAGGUCUCCCAGCCCAGAGCCGCCCAAGAAGACUGGCAACAACGAGAAGGAGAAAAAGAAAGAUGUACUGGGUAUCGAGACACAACUCGACCUGAAGAGGAAACCCAGAGCGCCAAGAGUGAAGCUGGAUGAAUCUCGACUGCUCUCGGAUAAAGGCAUACCUAAACUACGAAAGAUGGCACCGAAGCUCAAGUUCAAAGGCAAGGGACACGAGUUCUCCGACGCCGCCCGGCUCCUGUCAUUCUACCAAGAGUGGCUGGACGAGCUCUUCCCCAAAGCCACCUUCCUCGACGCGCUCGCCAUGGUGGAGAAGACGGGCCACAAGACGGUGAUGCGCAACGCCCGGCUGCAGUGGAUAGACGAGGGCAAGCCCAAGGCCGCUGCGGCCGAGGACGACGAGGACGUGGACUACGCCAUCUUUCAGGGACCUUCUGCGCCGCGACAACAGCAGCCCGACAAAGCUGCGCCGGUUGUCGAGAAGGCCGCGCAGGCCGCGCGAGAGCGGGCCAAGACGCCGGUGGCGGCGGCGGCGGACGACGACCUGUUUGGGGAUGAUGAUAUCUACAAUGCGACUCCGCGGCGGAAUGCCGGCAGCAGUAUGGCGGCGCCCAGGCAGGUGGUGAGGGACGCUGUUCCGGAUGAGGAUGACCUGGACGCGCUGAUGGCUGAGGCCGAGGCACAACAGUCUGGAAGUAGGACACAGCAGACCGCUUCCGGUCCUGGGUCGGCGACUUUCAGGAGUUUAUUUGGGAACGGAGCGGGAGGCACGGCGUCGGUGCCAUCUGCGGAGCCCGAUGACGACGAGCUGGAUGCAUUGAUGGCGGAGGCGGAGGCGGAGGCACAGGCUGGGUCAACUAGGCAGAGCCAGCCGGUUGUGGGCGGGAAUACUUCCGAGAAUGGGGCGUCAAAGCAACAAACCGUGCAGGGUGUCGGUGACGAUGACGAAGAUGACCUUGAUGCGCUCAUGGCGGAGGCCGAAGCUGCGGCUGGCCCGCCAACACACAACACUGGCUCGUCAGCACAGGCCGAGACGGGUCAGCCAAGCGUGAGCUUCGAUGACGAUGAAGAGGCCAUGGCCGAGCUGGAUGGUCUAUGGUGACGCUGCGAUUUACAUUUAUGAGCGACGGCUAUACGGAUGCAACUAUGUAUGGUACUACGUAUGAUGAAUGGUACUAUGUAUGAUGAAUUUGCUGACAGCGGGAUUCUCAAGUAAAGAGACAUCGAGAAUUGAGUCUGGCUUUGACCUUGGCAUGUUGACCACAUCGGCGGCAGCUUCUCUUACGAUGCCACGGCUCAAUACAAUCUUUGAGAGGCGAAAUCAACUCCUGUACUCCGUAAGAAUUGAUCGUUUCACACUCACCUCCGAGCCGAUCCGCCGAGCCGACCCCGGAGCGUAACCCUGGCUAGCUUCGGUCCCCACACCUCGGCUUUAGCGGGGCGAGCGGCUUCCCCAGAUAAGCCCGGCUAUUCCCAGUUACCUACGCAUUACA